AUGAGGCAGGAAUUGAAGAUGCACCUGACGGGCACACGAUCUCACUCGCAUAUGAGCAAAGCCGAAACAACACGACAAGCAACGCACAUGAGUGUCUCACGCGACCACAUGUUCAGCACCCAGAGCAGCAAAAAUCAGCUCCUCUCAGCUAAUACUACAUCACAAGUAGACAUGCGACCACGCACCCAGCAGAGCACCGCCGGAACAGACCCCCGAAGCAGGUACACCGAGCCCAGGGGCCGCAAAGGAGAGACGGAUAGCAACGGCACUCAGGACUUACUAAUGCUGGGAAUAGGCUGA